AAAACAGGGAGAGAGAGAGAAAGUGGAAAAAGAGGGAGGAGAUGUACUGUUCAAAAAACUUAGAGAAUGUGAGAUAGACAGAUAUUUAAAAAAAAAAAAUGAAACAGAUGUAGGACUUCAUCACAUAGGAGUCGAUAUUCUGACCAUUAGCUUAUGCUUCUUUCUCCUCUCCGUGCAUCUCUACAACAGUGAGACCCACCCUCUGCCAGGGGGUUGUCAGUGUCUUUAUCUCACCCAUGGAUCAUAACUGAGAUCUGAGGAAGGGACUACAAGGCUGCAGUCUGUCACAAAUCCUCAUCACCCGCUAAAGGUUUCUCAAAGGAACGACGGAAGCUCUUUGAGGGGUCUCCCCACUCUUUUUGGAAGCGUUUGGAGCACUAACCGGAAUCCAGGCGGUUUUCUGAGCCAAGUCUAGUGGAGAUAGACGUGUUUGUUUAUCAGAUUUGGACUACAACUGGUCACUUGGGAAGCUCUCCGAUGGAGAAUGAGAAGGGACUGUGGACAAAUUAGGCUGGAUUGUUAAAAGCUGUCAUGGUGCAAUCAUCUGGAGAAUUGAGAUGUUACAUGACUGACAUGACCUAACUAGCUCAUUUAAGUCAUCUGUCAGUAUCUUUUGAUUACACGUACAAGAGAAAGGGCUGUAAAGCUGGAGCCUUGAUCCUGAUUGAGUCUUUCAGUGUGGCGAAGACCUUUCUGUGGGGGAGCUGAACGAUGACUCUUUCAACACGACUCGAGGACUUGGAGGUGACCCUGGAGCACAUGCUUAUGGAUGUCUUUAUGACGGAGGGGAGGCGAUGUCAGGUCCAUCUGCUGGACGACAGGAAGCUGGAGCUGCUUGUACAGCCCAAGCUGAUGGCAAAGGACUUGCUGGACCUGGUGGCCUCGCACUUCAACCUCAAGGAGAAGGAGUACUUUGGUAUUGCAUACACAGACGAAACGGGCCAUUUUAGUUGGCUGCAGUUGGACCGCAGGGUAUUAGAACAUGAGUUCCCGAAGAAGUCUGGUCCCAUUGUCCUCUACUUCUGUGUCAGGUUCUACAUAGAGAGCAUAUCCUACCUGAAGGAUAAUGCUACUAUUGAGCUGUUUUUUCUUAAUGCCAAGUCCAUCAUCUACAAGGAACUUAUUGAAGUGGACAGUGAUGUUGUCUUCGAAUUGGCUGCCUUUAUUCUACAAGAGGCUAAAGGUGAUUUCACAAGUAUUGAAGCAACCAAGUCUGACCUGAAAAAGCUGCCUGCUCUGCCCACCCAGGCCCUGAAGGAUCACCCGUCUCUGGCCUACUGUGAAGACAGGGUUGUGGAGCAUUACAAAAAGAUCAGUGGGCAGUCCAGAGGGCAAGCUAUUGUUAAUUAUAUGAGCAUUGUAGAGUCUCUGCCCACAUAUGGAGUACAUUACUACGGUGUAAAGGACAAGCAGGGGAUCCCAUGGUGGUUGGGUCUGAGCUAUAAAGGCAUCUUUCAGUAUGACCACCAGGACAAAAUCAAACCCAGGAAGGUGUUCCAAUGGCGCCAGUUGGAGAACCUCUACUUCAGAGAGAAGAAGUUUUCUGUGGAAGUUCAUGACCCCAGGAGUCGGGCCUCGGUGACGAGAAGGACGUUUGGUCACAGCGGCAUCGCUGUGCACACGUGGUACGCCUGUCCUGCCCUCAUCAAGUCCAUCUGGGCCAUGGCCAUCAGCCAACACCAGUUCUACCUGGACCGAAAGCAGAGCAAGUCCAAAAUCCAUGCAGCGCGGAGUCUGAAUGAGAUUGCUAUAGACCUCACGGAAACAGGAACUCUAAAGACCUCCAAACUAGCCAACAUGGGAAGCAAGGGCAAAAUUAUAAGUGGCAGCAGCGGCAGUCUGCUCUCGUCAGGCUCUCAGGAAUCAGACAGCUCCCAGACAGCUAAGAAAGACAUGCUGGCAGCACUGAGGGCCAGGCAGGAAGCUCUUGAAGAUACGCUAAAAAAGAGACUAGAGGAACUCAAGAACAUCUGCAUAAGAGAGGCGGAGCUGACAGGAAAGCUUCCCAAGGAAUAUCCUCUGGAUCCGGGAGAGGAGCCGCCCACAGUGAGACGGAAGAUCGGUACCGCCUUCAAACUGGACGAGCAGAAAAUUACUCUGAAGGGAGAGGAAGAGGAGCUGGAGCGUUUGGAGCGCGAGUUUGCCAUUCAGUCCCAGAUUACAGAGGCAGCCAGGCGUCUUGCCAGCGAUCCACACGUGAGCAGCAAGAAGCUGAAGAAACAGAGGAAGACUUCUUAUCUGAACGCACUGAAGAAGCUCCAGGAAAUUGAGAACUCUAUCAAUGAGCACCGGGUCCGCUCUGGCAAGAAGCCUACGCUGAGGGCAUCGCUAAUCAUAGAGGAGGCCAACAUUUCUGAAGACAGUUCGUUGUCUGACGCACUGGUCUUAGAUGAUGAUGAUCCUCAAGUCACAGGUACUCCCACCUUCUCUCCAGUAGCAUCGCCUCAUAAGGGCCUCCCCCCUCGACCUCCCUCUCACAGUCGGCCCCCUCCGCCCCAGUCCCUGGAUGGCCUGCGACAUCUGCACUACUCACGCCCUGACUAUGAUAAAUCACCCAUCAAACCCAAGAUGUGGAGUGAAUCGUCACUGGAUGAGCCAUACGAAAAAAUCAAGAAACGCUCCUCUCAUUCAAGUCACAGGCGUUUCCCCAGCUCUGGCAGUGCAGAUCCGGGGGGGUGUAACUCUCUGCAGAGCAGCCCCAUCAGGAACCUCCCUCUCUGGAACUCUCAGUCCAGCAUGCCGUCGACCCCGGACCUGAGGACCAGGAACCCCAACUACGUACAUUCCACCAGGUCAGUGGACAUCAGUCCCAGCCGUCUGCACAGCCUCGCUCAGCACUUUAGGAACCGCAGCUCAAGCCUUGAGUCUCAGGGCAAACUGUUGGUGCCCGACCCCGACGCACACCCGCACACCCUGGGCACCCUGGGUAGCCCGGAAUUCUUCCUGGUCCCAGGACGCAACUCCAAUGGCUCGGACCCACUGGACGACUGCUCAUCCUGCACCAGCCAAAGCAGCUCGGAGCAUUACUACCCCUCUGGCGGACCCCCAGGCAGCAACCCCAACUACUCCACUCUGGGAGAGGACUCACCCUCCAAAGCAAGGCAAAGGCAGAGGCAAAGACACAGGUCGGCAGGUCACCUGGGUUCCUCUAACUCCGGCUCCAUGCCCAACCUGGCAGCUAAGAACGGCACUGGUGGGGGCUCAGGUGGAGGCGGGGUAGGAGGGGGACACCACGGAGUCUACCUCCACAGCCAGAGCCAGCCCUCCUCCCAGUACCGCAUCAAGGAGUACCCGCUGUACGUGGAGGGCAGCCCCAACCCGGUGGUGGUGCGCAGCCUGGAGAACGACCAGGAAGGCCACUACAGCGUCAAGGCCCAGUUCAAAACCUCCAGCUCCUACACGGCAGGGGGGCUGUACAAAGAGGCCUGGGGGGGAGAGGAGGGAGGCGAGGGGAGCGGCCGACUCACGCCGUCGCGCUCUCAGAUCGUACGGACACCGUCAUUGGGGCGAGAGGGUGGGGGCAGUGGGGGAGGGGGGAGGGUAGCGGUGUCUGACGAGCUGCGGGGCUGGUACCAGAGGUCCUCGGGGAGCCUGAAGGACAGGAGUCACUCACACUCGGGGUCUACGUCCUCCGAGACAGGGUCGCAGCAAGGCACUCUGGGACAUGGUCGGGGGAGUCGAGUCGGCACACUCGCCAAGGGCUCACCAGCUGCAUCCCCUCACAGCCAGAGGAGUAUGACGCCCACCAGCGAACACGCAGCCACACCCCCCUGUAGCCCACAGCACAUCCUCAACUGGCAGAGCGGGUCUUUUAGUGACAGCUGUUUUCCCAGCAGCCCUCUGUGCUCGGAGCUGGCAGAUGUGCAGUGGUACGGACACGAUAAGGCCAAACCUGGAACCCUGGUCUGAGACCUUCCUAAAGGGCCCAGAAAAGUCCCUUUACCCUCUCCCACUGCCUCUCCACUGUCCCUCACUACUACCCUCCACAACCAACGACCUCAUCCCUAAGGCCCUACAGAAGCCCGGCCCGGCGGACUGGACAUGAGCCGCCCUCCUCCUUAAAUCCUGCCCUCCAUCCAUCUCACCACCUCUUUAUUAUGCCCCUCCAUAACAGUUGGACCGGGUCACACUCUGGGCUCUGAUGGGGGCUGGUUUCACAGGACAGAAUGAGAAGUGCCACCUCAGCUGAUGAACUGUUGCCCUACAGCACCACAGAGCACAUCCUUUACUCAGCACACAAGCAAUGGGGCAUAAGGGAAGGAGAGACGUGAAGGGAGAGCCCAGAAAAAUAUCAAACAUACAACUCAAACGCAACAGAACCAACAUCAGUCCUUCCUGGAUCUGUUCUCAUAUCUCAUCUCUGGCCCCCCAGACCUGAACUAACUCCAGUGCACUGUCACCCAAUCAGAGGAUACCUGCUGGAUUUGAGCCACCAGUUAAAAAAACAUUUCCAGUAACAAAUUAACUGUGUUGGAUUUCAUUAUUCCCGCUUAUGUAGUUCGUCUAUUGGGUUUGUUUGUCCCCAUAUAUUUAUAAGAAGAGAAGAUGACUUUUCAAAAAAGAUCUGGAUUAACUCACAUUUAGAUGACAAUUUCAACUCCUCUCAGUCCAACCCACAACCAAAGACAACGUACUGGGUUGACUGGUCCCACCGGGGCUCGGGGCCCAUGCAGAAAGGUGACCAGUCAACUGUAUGAGAGUAAAUUCACAGUGACAAUAUCAGGAUGGUUUAUUGGACUGUAUCUGGGAUAUUGAUGAGGACUAUAGCAAUAACAAACAUGUACAAGUAUAUGAACUGGUGUGAAUCUGAAGCAGGCAUUUUGCUGUUUUCUCUGCCAUCAUUGGUGCAUCAUAGGGACAAUUUGGAGUUGUGGUUAUUGGGUUUGGCAUUGAUCUAUGCUUAUUUCAGUGAUUUCAUCAUUCCUGUUCAUUUCAUGUCUUUUCAAGAUUCUUCUGUCUACAUGUUGGUCCACAAAGUUCAUUGUGAUCAGAGGGUAAGGGUGGGGUAGAGUGAAGUGGCAUUCGAGGGUGUUAUUAGCCACAUCGAUUUACAAUUAUGGAACCAUUUGAUUUUGAAAGUUUUAAUAUAGAAACCAGACAUUUUGGUUCCACCUUUUCACCCGUGAAAGUAAGUUAUUUCUGGCUGUUGACAUCUGUUGGAGUGACUUGAUAUUGAGGCUGUUCAGUGAUAAAUCUCUGAAGUGAAUGAUCUUUUUUUAUCACGACUGUUUCUUCUUCGCUGGUCUUGGCUCUGUCGCCAUGCUGAGUGUUUGUCAGUCCCCUUCUGUAGCGCUGUGCUUUCUCCUCUUUCUGUCCUCUCUUCAGCAUGACUGCAGCCUCCUGACUGAACACAGACAGUCUGAACUCACUACUGGCUAACACCACACCUCAUAUGAUGCAUGAGUACAGGUAAACCAGUGCCAAACAUGUUGGUGCUUUACAUUUGUACUGUAAUGCAGCACUGGAACAGCCGCUCCUUCAAUCGCCCCAGUCUUUGGCUAUUGUAUGAAGCAGCAGCAGACUUCUCUAUGAUUUGGCAUCACGUGUAGUAGGAAUUAUUUGAAAAGCACAACAUUAACAGUGUCUAUGAGGGCUGGACCUACAAUCAGUGUGUUCUCAUUUUCCACUCUCAAUAUUUGUAAUAAUGAGUUGCAUCAAAGUGCAUAAGAGGAAACAAAAAAAGCUAAAACUGCGGGCAAUGUGUUAAAUCAUAGUGCUCUUUUAAUAAGUAUAUGAAUUUCAGGUCUACAAUUAAAUACCCUACUGUCAGGGCCGAAGAGAAGCCAUAGCCAGAACUGAAAGGAAAUAUUCUUUAACCUUCUCAAAUGGAGAUAAUUAUUUUCUCACCAAUCCACAAUCAGAUAUUCAGAACAGGGUUAGAAAAGCACAUCUGGUUUUGUACGAAGAAAGUAGAGCUCUGCAUGUUUUAACUGUAUCUAAAUGUCCCCCUUCCCCUUGCCAAAGUCUUUGUUAAGAGAUACUGUUUUAUUGUUGCACAAAAUCUGAAUAAAUCAGAUGUUAAUUUUAUUAAGAUUAUGACAGAUUCUACUUGUCAGUGAUAUAAAGAAGUGGACAUAAAUGGUGUCGAAGAGGAAAGACUAAAACAGCACUACAAUAUCAUAGUUAAAGGUGGGGUAGGUAAGUUUGAGAAACCGGCUCGAGAUACACUUUUUGUUAUAUUCCAUGGAAUGCUCUUAACAUCCCGAUAGCAAUUAAUAUAUUAAGUGCUUUGACAAAAAAUCCAUAAGAAAUGUCAUCUGUGGAAGCCGUAGUACUGUAAAAAGCACGACCAAUCAUUUUAGCCGGACCGGCUAAAAUAACUGGAUGGCCUACCUGCCUGUCAGCCUUCCAUCUGUGCACACACUUAUCUCGUGCCCUCAUUGGUCAUGUGCGCGUUCGUGUGUGUUGGAGGAGGGGCUCUGUAAGGAAGUGGCAGAUUUGUUCCGGCUGUGUAUUUUCAAAUUCUAGCGCACUCGAGCUGGUUUCUCCAGAAUGACCUACCCCACCUUUAAUGUUGCCACAUGAAUUCUUCAGUAACAUUGGUGUGAUAAUAUUAAAAAGUCAAGUUUGUUGGCUUUCAUAGUCUUUUCUUUUCUAUCCUCUACAUUGAGGAUCCAGCAACCAGCCUUCAAAGUCUAAUUGUGAGUUGAGCGCGUUGUCUUACAUUUUAAUGGAUUAAUGGUGUUACAUGUUUAAAGGUGUGGGAGGACUGGUAGGCAUUUUACCGUGUCCAUCGUAGUCUUGUGUUCCCUUUAUGCACUGACACCAGCUGUUGUAAUCUGCCACUUUAAAGACUAUUUAAAUAAAGUUAAGCCCAUUCCCUGCAUGGUUGGUUCUCCAAGAGUUGCUCACCCAUGCCUGGUCAGUCUUUACCCAAGGUUGGAACCAGCACACCAUCCUAUAGGAAUGAAUUACUCUAGUGUUUCCGAGUCACCUUUAGAGGACAAGUUAGUAAAUCUUAGCUCACUUUCUGUGUGCUGAAGACACGAUCCCAUGCAUGCCCUGCAGAUCCACUGACAAAUAAAGACCCCAAAGAUAUCCAGCAUCCGACUUCCGUACGCUAACAUUAGCACGUCUUGCUCCAUAGUGUUUCCUCGCACCCCGCAGAAAGUCCCAUCUUGACCUUGUGGUAAUCUCUGAGCCCGAUGUGAAAAAGUGCGACGUCCCGUCCCUCUGUAACUCCAAACACACCAUAUUGUCUGUGCUCCAUGAAAUGUAUGAGGUUUUUUGUAAAAUGAACUAACUCUUUUAUCAGUCUUUUCCUGUAUGUACGGAGGGGCACUGUAAGGUUUUGUGGGGGUUUUUAACAUUCACAUUCAUUGUUUUAACAAUGUUCCAUUUUAUAUGAACCAGUAUUGUUUGUUUUUUUAGUUCUGACAUUGUAACAACCACUUCAGGUGCUACAAAAUGACCAGUUACUGCUUCGUCACGUAGGAUCUAGGCAUCUUCAUUAUUAUCAAUAGAUUCAACUACCAGAUGUGCAAAAUGAAGCUUAUUUUAACAGUUUAAUAGUAGAUCACUUCGGCUACCAGACAAUAGAGCAUGUAACCUGAUCUUAUCAGUUCUGUUCAACUGUAACAAUGCAUUAAAGGUGUUGUAGAAAAAAUGUGGAAUUGAUCAAAAAAAUAACUGAGUUCCACAGUUAAUUUAUUCUUUUUUCUAUUAAAAAUUUGUAUAGUAACUUUACAUUUUUCAAAACUGUGUUGUUGGAAAUUGAUGAUGAAUUUUCAAGAUGAGAAGCAGUGGUGGUUCUUGAGAGUAAGAAAAAUAAAUUAUUGAUGAAUGUUCUCAAGA